AUGUGGCGAAAGACACGAUCUAAUACGCCAAAGCCCUUAUGUAAAGGAGCAGACCCAAACAGAAAUUGGGACUACGCCUGUUACAGUCAGUUAUGGAUGACUCCAUGGGGUUUUACAACGCAAAAACCGUCUCAAUUCAAAUUACAAGACGACGGCUCUGUUCAAGCCGUCCAAGCACUCGCAGCUGUUUUUGGAACCAAAUAUGUACAUGGGAAUAUAGGUGCAACGAUCUACGUUGCAUCGGGCGGCACUGUGGAUUGGACUUAUGGGAAAGCCAAUGUGUUAUUUUCUUAUGCCGUUGAAUUGAGAGACACUGGUGAAUACGGAUUUCUUUUACCAGAGAAUCAGAUUAUACCAAGUGGUCAAGAAACGCUUGCAGGUUGCUUGGCAUUAUUAAAAUAUGUUGAAUCGCAUGUAUAUUCGUGA